AUCAGUCGUAUAUUCAAAUCGCCGCUCUCUAAUCUCCGACUCCGAGUCUCCUACAAUCACUCACCGGUCUCCACAGUCACAGUCUCCGACUCUCUAAUCUCCGACACACAUAUCGCCGUUGUCUCUAGUCUCCGACACAUCGUCUACAACAUAUCGCCACUCCUGUUCUUCGGACGGUCUUCAAUCUGCAACAAGAUGUCUUCUUACAAAGAAUCAAACGAGAAUCCGGCUGCUCAUGUUGAUCUGACUGAUGGAGAGGACGACCCGAAUCCAAUAAUUGAUGAAUCGGGUGAUACCGAUGUAGCUGAUACAGCGACCGGAGGUGGUUGUUCAAAAAAGAGAAAAAAAUUCUUCCGAUGUGCAUAUACAUUUUGUAGAUUUCAGGGUUUGUACAAAGGGAAAAUGGUGCCAAAAAAACAAUGCAUCGAUUGCAAGCAUACAUAUGUACGCGGUAACUCGAAGAGCAUAACAAGUAUGAGGCGACACCUUCAAGAAUGUGGAUUAUUUAAAAACGUUAGUAGGUCUACAAUCACUCGAGAUUGCAUAAUUACCUAACGAAGACUAUGAGUCCUCUAUAUGAAAAAGUUAGUAGGUCUACAAUCACUCGAGAUUGCAUAAAAGUUAUAGAUGUAGAAAAAGAGAGGAUAAAGAAAACUUUGAAAAAGGCUGAGAUGGUAUCCCUCACUAGUGUCUGUUGGACAUCUAACCAAACGAUUGGUUACAUGUGUUUAACGGCUCACUUUGUUGAUUGUGAUUGGAAAUUGCAAAAA